ACAGGCUCAUGUUCUCGGAGUCCUGUCAUUUUCUACGGGCGAAAUAUUUUAGUGUGUGGUAAAGUUUAUUUCUAUCAGAAGGGUUUAUUUUAUCAAGCAAUAGUGAAUGCAGAAUUUAACUACGAAUCUCUAAAAACUAGUUUGUGUUAGAAAACUUUCCUUGACUGGAGUUCAUUUGGAUAGUGUUACAAUCUAUUUCAUACCUGCUGUAACGUCCUAGAUUUCCUAAUCAGUCUACCAACAACAAAAUCUUUUGUGUAUAACUAAAGAUGGUGUAAAUAAAAACUGCAGGGGACCAUGUCCAAUACGACAGUCACCUACAGUCUCGUGGACAACUCAAGCGAAAUACAAGCUGCAGAAGUUGAAUCAAUAGACCAUGUCAUUGAAAUCAUAUGUAACAAAUACGUCGCCCCUGUCAUAUGUGGUUUUGGCAUUGUUGGGAACUUUAUCAACUAUAUUGUACUAUCCAACAGGAGAUUAAAGAAGGGCUCAUACAUGUACCUAAAAGCUUUGACAGUGUUUGACUUCAUGGCGUUGGUAUUUUCCGUACCAUACAUGGUGUUCGGUGUUGGAAGCACAGAGUACUUCUGGGUGUGGUACUCCUUGUACAUAUUUCUGCCCGUAGUAAACUUCUUCACCGCUUGCAGCAUUUGGAUUACUGUGGUCAUGGGAAUAGAUAGAUUUAUUUUUGUGAAAUGCUACACUUGGUCAAGGCUCAGGCACUGGAAACUGAAAACGCAGAUAAAAAUGUUCGCAGUAAUUUCUUUUGCGAUUAUUAUAUGUUUUCCCAAAUUUUUCUGUUACGAAAUUAUCGAAGACGGUAGAAUCGCGAGGAUAAAAGAGUCUGAAUUUCGCAAAAGUAUGUUUUUCCGUUACACUGAGGUUAUUUCAACAGGUGCGCUACACUUUGUUCCACUUUUUCUAUUGUCGGUGGUAAAUAUAUAUUUGGUCAAGAAGCUUCAGGUUGCAGGGACAGUACGAAAGAAAAUGCAACACAGCAGACAUGAAGCAGAAUGGCACAAGUCACAACAGACCUUCACAGUCACGCUUGUCAGCAUCGUCAUCCUCUCCAUCAUCUUCAUAAUUCCGGCAUCCAUUGUCGACAUCAUUUCGUACAUCGACAAUGACUUUCCACAUCUGAGGAGUAUGAGAAACAUUUCAAAUCUAUUACUAUGGUGCAACCUUUCUUUCAACUGCUUCUUAUAUUGUAUAUUCAACAGACAAUAUCUCCGAGUCUUGAAAUACGUGAUUGACAGAGGAUGCGAUCGGGUCAGACGGUCACCCAGCAGGAUGACAGAGUUUCAAAUGACUUGAAAGUAAUGCUUUAGUUUCAAACGUCACACAACUUUCAUUUGUGCACGUCUUGAGUUUUGAAACAGACUAACCAUUCAAUUAUAAGUCUGCUAUUGUGAAUUUAUAUAUUUCAACAAAUUGUAAUACUUCAAUUCAGGUUACCAGAGUCACUCAGGUAACCACGUGCUAUCCGUUGUCGUCUGCCGUCGUCCAUCGUGCGUAAACUUUACUUUUUAAACUUCACCAAUUUCAAACAAACUUACAACAAAGCACUUUGAGUAAAGGAAUUCAAUUUUGUUCAAAUGAAGGACUAUGUCCCCUUCAAAGGCAGGCUGAUGAAAAGGCAAAUAUAGGGUACAGUCAUUUAAUAUAACGAAUUAGAAAAGUUGAAGUUUAUAUGAAAGCUCCCACAUGAUGUAGAUUCAGGUUUGUUCAAACCAAGCCCAAGACCCCCCCCCCCCCCCCUCCUCGUUUUACAUAGAGAUAUGUAGACCAAAUCUUGAAAAAUCUUCUGACUGGCAGCUGGGUCAGCCAUGAUGAUUCAUAUCAAUAUGCAAGUAUAUGUAUCUCCAGGUAGUGCAAAUACACAUUUGUUCAAAUUGUGGCUCCCGGGAGUAGGGUGGGACACAAUACCAAAGUUUUACAUUGGGAUAUAUGGGGAACAUUUUUGAAAUCUUCUUAAUAACAGCAGGGUCACGACUACGCAUAUUGAUAAUUAUGCAAGCACUCCCAGGUUCAUGUAGUUCAGAUUGAACUUUGUUCAAAUUGUGGCGCCAGGGGUUAGGUGGGACCACAAUAGGGGAUCAAAGUUUUACAUGGAGAUGAAAAAUCUUUCUCGAUAGUACUAGGACCAUGGUUGCUUAUACAUGUAUUCAUAUGCAAGCACCCCCAGGAAAUGCAGAUUGAAGUUUAUUCAAAUGAUGACCCACCACCGUUGUAGAGUGGGUCUAUAAAAGAGGUACCAACUCUACACAAUAACACACAUUCUAAUUGUUUAUUUACAUUUCGCAAAGUAAAAUCAAACAGCAGAAAAUGCAUAGUAUACCUCGACUAUAUGCAGGUAUCAUUACUGAAAUAGGUAUUUGAAUAGAUGAGGAUAUAGAAUACAUCAAUUUAAGUUAAACUGUUUCUGCAGUCUAUUUUUUCUCUCAUUAUUGUUAAUCAGUAAGGAUUUUUCAGGGGGGAGGGGGGGUGUCCUGUAAAGUAUCUAUUUGGAAAAUAAAUUGAAAACAGAACAGAGUUAUAUGAUUUCAAACUAGAUUCGUUUAAAUGGUUUGGUUAAAAUGAACAAAAAAGGGAUUUAUGGGAUGAUGUUUCGGUAUUAUUAAAGCAUCUGUACUAUAACUUUACAUAGAUCUUUGAUAAUAAAUUAUGAAGAAAUUACGACUAAUUUUGUAGGUUGACACAUGAUACUCGGGUGACCGUUAAAGCCUUUGUUAAUAUAAUGACACAACAUAAUCUCUCCUUUGUGAAUUCUACCUACAACAAUAGCACUAAUUAUACAUGAAAACAGUUCACACCAGUCGCAGUGUUCUUAAAUGUUUGUUAUUUGAAAUAGUUCUUAUAUUUUAUUAUUCACUUUUCUUAAUCAGAACAGACUUGUUUCCUGCUAUGUGUCAGGUCGGAUUUGAAGGCAAUAAUAGUUGAAGGUGGACAAUGCAAAUAAAAAAUUACAGAGAUACUA